CGCCGGGCGCUCGGCUGCUUCCGGGCUGGGCCCGGCGGUGACGUGUCGGCGGGCUGACAGCGCCGGGCAGCAGGUGGCGGCGGGGGCCGCGCGCCAGGCGGCCACUUCCGGGAGUUUGGAAUAAGCAGUUUUGGGUGAAGAGGCUCCACUUAACCAAAACAAUGUUUGCAGAUUUGGACUAUGAUAUUGAGGAAGAUAAGCUGGGGAUCCCCACUGUACCUGGGACAGUGACGCUGAAGAAGGACUCGCAGAACCUGAUUGGGAUCAGCAUUGGGGGAGGAGCACAGUACUGCCCCUGUCUCUACAUUGUCCAGGUAUUCGAUAACACUCCAGCAGCCUUAGACGGCACUGUAGCAGCUGGUGAUGAAAUCACAGGAGUGAAUGGGAAGUCCGUCAAAGGGAAGACCAAGGUGGAGGUGGCCAAGAUGAUACAGAUGGUAAAGGGAGAAGUGACAAUUCACUACAACAAGCUUCAGGCCGACCCAAAGCAGGGCAAGUCUUUGGAUAUUGUAUUGAAGAAGGUAAAGCAUCGACUGGUAGAGAACAUGAGCUCAGGGACAGCAGAUGCCCUGGGGUUAAGCCGAGCCAUACUUUGCAAUGAUGGACUAGUGAAGAGAUUAGAGGAGCUGGAGAGGACUGCAGAGUUAUACAAAGGCUUGACAGAACACACCAAGAGUCUUCUCAGGGCUUUCUUUGAGCUAUCCCAGACACACAGAGCAUUUGGAGAUGUUUUCUCUGUCAUUGGUGUACGGGAGCCGCAACCAGCUGCCAGUGAAGCCUUUGUGAAAUUUGCUGAUGCCCAUCGCAACAUUGAGAAGUUUGGGAUUCACCUUCUGAAAACAAUUAAGCCGAUGCUGACUGACUUGAAUACAUAUCUGAAUAAAGCCAUUCCUGACACAAGGCUGACUAUCAAAAAAUACCUGGAUGUCAAGUUUGAAUAUCUGUCUUACUGCCUGAAAGUCAAAGAGAUGGAUGAUGAAGAGUACAGCUGCAUUGCUCUGGGUGAACCCCUCUACCGGGUCAGCACUGGGAACUACGAAUACCGCCUGAUCCUACGUUGCCGGCAGGAGGCUCGCACGCGCUUUGCCAAGAUGAGGAAGGAUGUGCUAGAGAAAAUAGAGCUCCUGGACCAGAAACACGUGCAAGACAUCGUGUUCCAGCUCCAGCGUUUUGUCUCCACGAUGUCCAAGUACUACGACGACUGCUAUGCCGUGCUGCGAGACGCGGAUGUCUUUCCCAUUGAGGUGGACCUUGCCCGCACUACUCUCAACUAUGGGCAGAAGGACACGUACACGGAUGGGGCAGAAGAUGAAGAAGGAGGAAGCGAGAGAGAGGGUAGCGGGAAGGAGGACGCAAAUGGUGAAAAGCUCAUUGAUGAUGCCUGAGUGUGCUGGCAUGGCCAGAAGAAAGACUGCAGACUGUUAAAAAAACAUGUAUUUCACAUGGCGAUUGAUCCUCUGUGACUCUGUAUGUCCAGCCUGGGAUUCCUCCUCUGCUUUGGGUGGGGGUAGCUGGUUGGAUUGGGACCAACCUCUGCUUUCCUCUCUCUUCCCUUGCGUGUUUGCCUGGAUAUUCCUUUUUCCUCCAGAGACCUCUGCUGCCCAACUUGGGCACACUGAGGUGUGAGGAGGAACAUCUCCUACCACACUGCCACGUGACACUGCGUGCAGACAGGACACUGCUGAUCGUGUGGGAUGCACCACUCCCCUCUGGCGAGUGGAAGCCAGUUAAGCAUCUGGGGAUGACUGCGAAUGGCAAGAACAGCCCCUUCUGUCCUCCCCUUGUGCUACGGGAAAGUGUUAGCACCAGCAUUGUUUUCUUCACCCCACUGCUCGCUGUCUUCAAGCUUCCCAUUCUCUGGCCUGUUUUCAGCUUCCUCUGUCUCUUCCAUCUGUCCCCAUGGGCUGCAGGACCAAUUUUUGUAGGAUGAUCACUCCCACCACUCCCAGCUCCCUGCACCACUGUUUUUAAGAAACAGGAGCAAGUCCAAACUGGUGCCCAGAACUAGUGGUGGUGCCUGUGACCUGAUCACUUCCCCAGCCGAGGGACUAGGGGAAGCUCUCAAAGCAGGGGCUGGUGGAAGUAGUUGCCUGGCAUGCUGAGUUGCUGCAACCCUGCUGCAAAGGUUGGGAAGUCUCUUCCCCUGGCUACCAUCCUCUUCAUAGUCCCUGAGCUCCUUCACAGCUCGUACUGCCUGCACACUCCAUAGCUACGCCCCAGGGCUAGAAUCCUGCGGGGAUGUGGCUCUGCCCUUCCCUGCAGGAAGGAGUGCUCCUACUCAGCAGAGAUGCUGAAGUGAACGUACUUGUCUGGGGCAGACAAGUUCCCAGGAAUAAAAGCAAAGCUGCAUGCAUUUCCUUUCAAUUGUUGUCCUGUCUUACAGCUCCUUGUGAUGGACAAUAACCAAAUGUCCUUCUUAAGGGAGGAUGUGCAGCCAGUCCUGCAUGCUCUUUCCUUGUGCAGGUGCCAGGAGGAACCACUUCAGGACCAUAAAGGAGAUACCCCAUCCUUAAACUAGAGAGAAGAGAGGAAGCCUCAUGGAGGGGGGAAGACAAGGCCCAUAGGCAGAGGCUUUGAGAUUUUUUUUUUAGUGCAAAGCGUGACUAGCGUACCACCCCCUGCGCUCUUCUUUACGCCACCAUUUUGAGCUGCCUCUGGGCCAGCCAGAAGCAGCAGCUACAUCCCAUUCCCCAGCACAAGGGAAGGAGGGAAAGGAAAACUAAGGUGAGGUGCUGCUUUCCUCCUUCCUUUUCUCUUCUUCCUCCGUCCCUGUGAGCUGACCCCAGAUGCAGAUGGCACUUUCUCAUUUAGCAGGUGGCACAACUGCCGGGAGUGGUGUGCUUCUCAGAGGCAAGGGUUUUGACUUCUCUGUCAUUACAUUCUAGUGGUAGUGAGAGAAGUUAUUUAAGGGCAUUAAUUUAUGAUCGAGAUGUUUGUUUUGUUUUGUUUUUUCUCUUUGAUUUGUUUUUGGAGUUUCGUCAUCUCCGUAGGUGCCUGGAAGAAAGCCAUCCACAGUCAAGCUGCUUUGAAGAUUUAAACGGACUCUGAUGUACUGACUAUUGUCUCUAAUAAAGGAAAAUGUGACAUUU